AUGCUCUUAGAGAACGAUGCUUCAUGGAAAGAACAGCUGGAAGACCGAAUCAGCAAACUUGAAGAGUCUAUCACACAAAACACAACGCAACCUUUAAGGAUUGCCUCAGGCAACGUGUCUCCGCCGCAGCGACUUAGUUUCAACAGCGUUGAAAAUGACACUCCCAGAGUUUUAUCUAAUUCACUACAUUCGGAGCCUUCUGCUACAGUCACUUUGAAUCUGUCAUGCAGUCUUGGCGCAUUUCCAGCAUCGUCAAUGAUCACUCUCACGAUGGGUGAUAUUGGAGCAAAUCCAGGACGAAACCCCGACCUAGUUUCUUGUGGAAUUAUCUCACAAGCAAUAGCGGAGGAACUCUUCACAUUUUAUAAGCAAAAUCUGAACCCUUGCAUUCACAAUAUCCUCACCGACAACGACACUUUAAGCACUAUCCGAACACGCUCUCCUCUCUUCACCACUGCAAUAUGCACAGUAUCUGCCUUAUGUACUGGCUCGGAGGACUAUAAUGCCCUGCUAAAACAUUUCACAACCCAAGUCUCUGGGAAAGUAUUUUCCAGCAGCCACACAUUUGACGAUGUCCGCGCGCUGUGUAUCGGAGCUUUAUGGUUGAACGAAAUCUCCACCGCGCUGAACAGUCUAGCUGUUCGCAUUUCCACAGAGCUGGAUCUACACAGGUGCAUCACAAAAAUGCCCCACACAAAACGAGCCUGCUACGACCGUACUCGCCUAUACUGGCUGGUAUACCUCUGCGACCACCACUGCUCUCUCAUCCAUGGAAGACCACCCCUAACACGAGACUUCAACUCAUUACGAAGACCGCGGGACUUUCUGCAAAGUUAUUUCACCAACCCUUCUGACUUGAGUCUUAUCAGCCAGGUCGAGCUAUGGUCCAUGGGUAGUCGUGUAUUUGACGUGUUCGGCGCUGAUAUUGAAUGCAGUGAGGCUAGUCAGCGAUCGGAUAAACUGGCACAGCUGAGUGCUGCGUACGAUGGAUGGUUGGAGGAAUGGCUUUCCAUGCUUUCCUUCACGAACGCACCUGCUACAUUUUCACGUCGUGUCUUUGAUCUUUAUUUCUAUUCUGCUAAAUUGUAUCUGUUCUCGCACAUCUUUCGAGGUUCAUCUCAGGAUGCAAAACUCCCUGAAGCUGGGCCUGAUAUUGGUGCGGAUAAGUUCGCGCACGACGCGGUGAGAAGCGCUCUGGCAAUCAUCAGGUGUAUUGUGGAUGACAACCAAUCAUCCUCAUGGCUGGGAAAGUUACCAAACUAUAUUGGAACCAUGGUGGCAUUCGCCUGUGUCUGCCUCGUGAAGGUAUCCGCCCAGCAAGGACCAUGGGACCGUGACCUGCAAGGUAUUCCCAACUAUCUUCAGCGACUAGUCCAGGUCCUCCUCUCGUCACCGGUUGUCAGCCAUCCCACGCAUCCAUUGUUGAGCAUUGCCAGGAGUCUGGAGACCGCUACUGCGGUCGCUGGAGGUGUACAUGACCAAGGCUCUCUAGCCUCGAUUGAUAUGCGAGAUUUGGAUCUCGAUUUAGCAUUUUUUGAUAUGUUUACCAGCGAUGGGUUGAAUGGGUGUCCUGAUAGCCGCAGUGCAUUUUCAGGGAUGUGA